AAGGCAUACGAUUAGAGAAAUAUUUUAACAAAACUUUUGUGACAUUUAUUGCUUUAUUGAAUACAAAAGCGAUUGUAAUUGCAGUGAAUAUUACCGUCAUUUGCACUCAAUUUACAGUUUUAUUGAUUUGUAAUUAAAGGCAAAACAUUUGGCAAUGAAUUUGAGAGCAAUGUUAUGAAUGGAUUGUCUCAUAGGUUACCAUUGAAGCGAUUGUUGGCAUUCAUUGUCUCUGAUCUCAUAAUUAGAUAAUUAGUGGCAAAUAGAGGUUGAGUUGGGAAUGGAUUGUAAAGAGGAUGCGAUGGCCACCAGUGGACAGCCUCUGGAGCCAAUGGCACAGCCUUUGGUGUUGAACGAUAUGCCCAAUGAGAUAAUGGAUAAGAUCUUUGGUUUGCUCUCAUUUGAAACCAUCGCUAAGAACCGAAUCGUCUGCAAACGAUUCAAUCAAAUCGGAAGUCAAAUACUGAACAGGGAGUUCCAGACUCUUCGUAAUUACACUCAACAGCGCUUUCAGACGAUUAAGAGCCAAAUGCCGCGCCGGGAGUCCGCGCGACGGAAGCACCCGUUGGCCCGCGAGUCGGACAUCAUUGAGACCCUCCACAUGAGACUCACUCUUCUGCAGAUGACUUUCAGCAAACAUAUCGAGCGAAUGCAUUGUUGCUUCUUCUCCGGUGAGAUCUUAGACGAAGUGCACCGAAUCAUUAGGUAUGUCCGCAACACACCUGUCCUCUCGCGCGCCUACAAAGUGACCGACGAGUUGUUUGACUUGUCGACGAUGGCUAUGGAGUACUUCAAAGAACAUAUUGAGCCAACGCUUCCAGAAAUCAAUUACUUCGGAGUCGCCGACUAUCUGUUGGACUACUCGCCCACUCUCACCGGAUCGCCACAAACACAGCUCUCGCUUAUGGAGACCACCACUAAAGGCAUACAUCAGACGCAUCGCAGGAAAAGCAUUAAAUCAAACGCCAAUCCUCUGGAGUCGUCGUCGGGUUAUAAGAAUUCUGAAACCAUUGCUCUGAAGAAGCGCUUAAAGAACGCUGAGAUGAAUGUCAAGCGAAACAACACUCAAAUCCUUUCACUCAAGAGAGAGGUUCUGUUGGCGAAGAAGAAAUGGUCACAACAGCAGAGAGUGGCUAAUAGUAUGAGAACUCGUUUCGAUGAUUUCGACAAAAAGUUUGAGACAACAAACCGAAAGAUGAGCGCAGUUUUGGAAGAGUUGAGUAAAUGUAAGACAGAACUCCAAUACUGGCGAUCGACGUCCCCGUCCGGCUCCACACCCACUCCCAACACCAAACCCAAUCACUGCAGAUGUGGUGACACUUCCAACGAAAACGACUCUCUUCUUGUUCCCGAAGUAUUCAAACCGAUUGACGACAAGUCGACGACCGCUGCUUCUGAGGUGAGCACCAGUGGAGACAAUGGUCUGGAUGGUGGUAAUGAAGCCGAUGGUCUGCCAGUGGUUCACAGAGUGGAGGGAAAGCACUGCAAAAGAAAACUCAGUUAUUUGGAUGAGAAGAAGUGCGACAAAAAGAGCAGAAAGUCG